AUGUCGACUCAAGCAACCACCCCGUUACCCCCAGUCGGGAAGCUCGUGAGCGUGGUGCCGGUUGGUCUUAAAGAAGCUGCCCUCGACUCCCCAACCUUCCGCGCGACCACCCACCACUUCUGCGAUCAGAUCGAGUUCGUCGAGAAAUGGCUUGACGGAUACGCCAAAGCUGCGACCAAACUCGCCUCCGAGCUGAACACUUUGGAAAGCGUAGUCGGUAGCUUCCUCUCAUAUUCCACACACCCGCUGGUGAUCUCCGAGGCCGUUGUUGACCAUGAUUACACUCUGUUGGCGAUGAGGAGAUGUGGGGAAGGCGCAAAGGACCUGUGGAGUGGAUUGACUGCGACGACAAAGAAGAUGGAAUCGAUGAUCGCCGAGCCGAUCCGCGCCUUCAUUCAAGAAGAUUUGCGACAGUUCAAGGUAAUUUCCGCUGGCGACCGAGACGAUCAGGUGGCUUUGGGGCCGUGUUUUGAUGCGGAUCUGACAUCGAUAUAG